UUCCGCGAAACAAUAGCCCAGGCGUUACUACCGGGCGCCCCUAGAGGUGCACACGCAGAUCGCUCAGCUCCACGUGUCAACCUGCAUGCGAGAAGCUCCCUCUUUUUAAUGGAACAAAGAGCUGCAGAGCAAGGACAAGCCCUUCCCGUGAGCCAAGAUCUGAGAAAAAUCUCACAGCGAGAGAGAGAGAGAGAGAGCAGUAUGGCGGCAAGCCAUGUGGAGGUUCCAGGCGAGCCCACCAAGACGGUCACCUCCCUGGUGGAGGCGGCCAGCGCCACCAUCCAAGGCUUCCCCCCCAUCAGCAAAAUCCACCAGCACUUGUGCGCCUUCCAUUUCUACGCCGACGACAUGACGCGGCAGGUGGAGGCGCACCACUUCUGCUCCCAUCAGAACGAGGAGAUGCGGCAGUGUCUGAUCUACGACGGGCCGGGCGCGGAGGCGAGGCUGAUCGGCGUGGAGUACAUCGUGGCGGAGGGGCAGUUCUUGGCUUUGCCGGACGAGGAGAAGCCCCUGUGGCACUCGCACAAGUACGAGGUGAAGAGCGGGGUGCUCUUCAUGCCCGGCGUGCCGAGCGCCGUGGAGCGGCGGGACCUGGAGAAGUUGAGCAAGACCUACGGCAAGACCAUCCACUUCUGGCAGGUCGACCGAGGGGACGCUCUGCCUCUCGGCCUCCCCAACCUCAUGAUGGCCCUCACCAGGGACGGCCAGUUGGAUGACAAACUGGCUCAAGAUGUAGAAAUUCGGUAUGGAGUUUCUUUCAAGAAAGAGAAAGAUAAUAGGGCAUACAUGAGUGGUCCUGAUCAUGGAAUCCAUCCAUUAGCCAAUGGGAAUGGAAAGGGGCUGAAAAUGGAACUGAGAGAAGUAGAUCCAUCACUAAAUUCUGUACCAAGAGUUUUUGUUUGAUAGAAGAUGGUGAUGAACUAGUACAAGGGUAUUUACGGACGGCGGUUGUCUUUAUGUUGGACAAAAUGUUGGAUAUGUUGGUUAAAGAAGUACAUGUGGUUUUUUUUGGUUCUUGUAUGUGAUGUAGUAAUUAUAAGAAUAAACAUGAAUCUUACGCUGCA